AUGAGGAGCAGAGUCAGGCCCCAAGAGCAUUGCAGCCAGCUUGCACUACAACAUGCCAGUGGGACAGUGGCCAACAAUUCACCCCACUGGGACAGAAUUUUGGUUGGAGACUGUUGUGUAGUGACUGUGACCCUUUGAGUGCUGUGUAUUUGGCAGCUCCUCAGGUUCAAAGCAGUUAAUUUCUGUGACUACAGUACUGAGACAGUGAACAUUUUGAAAGCAAUUAAAAACCUUACUUUUGAAUAGAUUAUAGUGGGUAAAUAUGGCCACUCCAAAAGGAAUAAAAUUACAGGUAAUGCUCCAAUAGGAAUCUGGAUGUGCUCUAGAGAAAGGAAAAUUCCUACUUUAAAGCCUCUCCAAAUUCUGAAUUGUAAUGAAAAUCUGGACUCCGUAGCAUCACAGGUUUCAGUUAUUUCAAGUAACACUCAAAUCCUCAGCUCCAUGACAGACCAAUUGACCAGACAGAACAUCACUGCUGUGAUUAUGAAAAAGCCAAAUGUUUCAGAAGACUUUCAGAUGAGUCUUCUUAGGACUAAAAUAAGACUUGCAUCUCUGGCAGCAAUAGAACUCAUCCACAAUAGUCUUGUCAAUGCUAUAACCAGCCUCAUGAAGGCAAUGGAGGAAUUUUCUUUCACUGGUAACAUGACACAGCCCAAUGUUGCAAUCCAGUCUGCUCCACUGAAAUUAAGCUCCUCUAUGAUUCUGUUUUUGGCACAGAGAACACUGGGAAAGUAUCAGUCAACAAAACCAGAAAUACAGGAAAAUGCUCCUGGGCUUAUUGCUGACCUCAGUACUGAAGUUCAGAUACUGUUCAACAUUUUAAAUAAAACCAUUUUGUCCUUCCUCCACCAGGAACUGAUGCCAGAUGUUACUGCUUUCUUGCAGACAAUUCUCCUAUCCACUUUUUCUCCUUGCAAUCCCAAUCCCUGGUAUGACACAUCUGAACUGCAGCUGUGUGGUCAUGCCUGUGACUUUUGGCAUUACCCUGUAAACGGCAGGUGUAAUCACACCACUAAUUUUGCUGUUCUGAUGGCAUUUCAUAUAAAAUAUAAAUAUGAAAAGCUUUUGGAUUAUAUUUCUUAUAUUUGUGUUGGAUUGUCCAUGGCUGGUCUGGUUAUUAUAAUUUUGUUUCAAAUACUCACUAGGAAAACUCAAAACUUAUCUAUAAAGUGGGUGUUAAUGAGUCUCUGCUUUUCUAUGCUCGUUUUUAACAUCAUCUUCAUCUCUGGAAUUGAAAGCCAUACUUCCAGAAAGUGCACCAACAACACCACCAGAUGCUACCAGCAAUACCUUCCUUAUGAUGCCACCAGUAACCUUACCUCUGACAGGGUGGAUACUCCCACAGACUCCUGGUGCACAGUUGUGGCUGUCCUGCUGCACUACUUCUUGUUGGCAACAUUCCUGUGGUCAGCACUCAGUUCUGCACUGCUGUACUUAUUCCUGGUCAGUGGCACGAAGCCACUGCCUGGACAUUUCCUCAUAACUACGUCAGUAAUUGGAUGGGGAAUCCCUGCCAUAGUAGUUGCAAUAACACUUGCAGCUACUGACAGGGAAGGAAAAGCUCUAAACUUAUAACACGAAGAAUUUUUUUGGAUUGCAGUGUCACUCAACUUCAAUGACAGUUAUUCCCAAUUUAAACCCCUAAAAGUGAGAGAAGAGCAGGUCCAACCGAGAAUGAUGAAUUUCUCAGCACAGCCAAACAUCACGAAUAAAAAGGAUUCAUUAAUGAAAAAUAUGAUUAGCGCUAUCUCUGUAGUGGUAGUGCUUGGGAUCACCUGGAUGAUUGGCUACCUCAUGUUAAUAAGCAAUGAAAAAAUAAGUCUUGCUUUCAGCUUUCAGUUCUGCAUUUUGAAUGCUACCCAGUUUGAUCUACUGAAAAUGGAGUGCCUGUACACCAGUGACAAUCAGAUCUGUAAACUCUGUGCAAAAAGUCCUGAGUCAAAAUCACAGCCUGAAAAGCAUUCACAGGAAACUUUCAUAUCAACCCAGACUUUUUCAGACAAUAUUUCUUUGUCUACCUUCCCUAACCGGAACCGGAAACCUGCAAAUCCAUGA